CUCGGGCAAUAAAUCUUCCUGGAACAUGGUGAAGCCGGACUCGAUACGGCGCUGCUGUCAGCCGCCCUUAUAAACCCAACAACACCAACACAGGUUUUAUUUGAGGUGACGUUGUGCAUAAUGGUGGACAUCACGACCAACAACUUCAACAAUAUUCUUCCAGAAAUUCUCUCCGACGUCAAGUCGUCUUCCUUCGUGGCGCUCGACACUGAAUUUACAGGACUUUUGGCAGACGCUGCAUUUAAAGGAAGUUUAUUUGAUGGUGGACCACAGAGGUACCAGAAGCUGGUGUCCAACAUCCGCAGGUUCACAGUAUGCCAGCUUGGAUUAGCAGUAUUUAAGGGUGUUCCGGAUGUCAACGCAUACACCGUGACCAGUUAUAACUUCUACCUGCGACCCCACUCAUGUGUAUCGUUUGAUCCCACAUUUAUGUGCCAGUCCUCGAGUCUAGAGUUUCUACAAAAAUAUAAGUUUGACUUCAAUAAGUGGUUGUAUUAUGGAGUGCCUUGUAUGAACUCUGAUGAAGCUGAAGAACUUCGAGGUGAAUUAUCAUCUAUUGUGAAAGGAAAUAAAGUCUUUAGAAUUCCUUAUGAGAUACAGGACCAGUUGAGUACCAUAGGGGAGUGGGCAGCAGCUGCCAGUGAUGGAGACACAACUACUCCCUCCAUCAGCCAUGAUGUUACCUCCCAGGUGCUACUAGUGACCAGCAUACGCAACAGGUUUACAGACCUCUGGGCUGCUCUAGACAAUGGACAGGUCCUAGUUCAAAAAGUGUCGUCCUGUGAACGUGAAAGACUUGAGGCAAAAGACCCUGAAGGCACAGAGUUUAUAGACUCCAUUGUGACCAACAUGCUGGGAUUUACCACCAUUUUCCGCUGUUUAGCAGAUCAUCAUAAGCCUCUUGUUCUCCACAAUUGCCUCCUGGAUCUUAUGUUGAUAUACAAGCAGUUCCAUCAGAACCUGCCUCCAUCAUACGAAGUUUUUAAGUCCAACUUGCACGAGAUGUUUCCUCUCAUCUACGACACAAAGUUCAUUGCUACGGAACUUAAAUACUUUUAUAAAGAAAAGAAUGACCAAGUUAGGAGUUUGUUUAGCAAUACCGGGCUGGUUGAGCUAUCUUCAUGCCUUAAGAGAGACGAGUCGGUCUUAUACCUACCUACACUCUCGCAUCAUCCUCCUGACAACAAGUACAGUGGAAGCGAGAUGCUGCUCCAUGAAGCAGGCUAUGAUGCCUACCUAACUGGUGGCUGUUUCCUCCAUAUGGCUCACCUUCAUGCCAUGCUCCAAAUACCUUCGUUGCAGCAUCGACCUAUGAGCCCCCGGGAGCAUGUCUUUGCCCUCAAGAACCUAGCCAACCAAGUGCAGAUACAGAGGGCGGCAGUUCGUUGUGUGGCACUGAAUGGUCCAGAUCCACCCUUGAAGCGACCUCCCUGGCUGGUAGUUGAAGGUCGCAGUAGGUCAAUGAGAGUGACCCCUGGGAUGGUCUCUCUGGCUCUGGCACAGUACGGGAACCCCGAUGUAAUCCCUCGCAACAACAACUCGGUCCUAGUUGCUACAACCUCGUGGAAAUGCACCAGAGAUAUCUUGACUGAUCUUGCUGAGGACAGAUACAUGAAAGCUCAACUCUACAAGAAGCUAAGACAUUCACCGCUUGUAAGGUCCCUUGCUUGGUCUGGUGUCGUAAUGUCGACUGGGUUAAGUGUGUGGAUCGUGUAUUCUACUCUCAGAAAGUCAUCUUCAUAGUCAUCCGGUGUACUGUGGUGUUACCACUAUGUAAAUACAUUGCAUUUGGCAA